GCCGCGUCGCGGCGCAGUCGUCACGCCGUCGUCCGGCCGGUCAACUGUUCGUCGCGUCGUCGUCGUCGUCGUCGUCGUCCCGAUCGAGACGCCCGGCCCCGUACGAAACCCGUCGUCCGGUACCCGCGGCACCACUCGACGCACCACUUCCGCGCGAUGAACGGUGUCGUCCGCGCGCUCUUGGCGUGCGCGUUCUCGGCGUCCACGGUGCUUCUUCCGGCUUCCGGUCGCCAAGCGGCCGCCGCGGACGACAACCGCGCGGACAACGCGGUCGACCCGGCCGGCACCUUGAGACUGGUGCACGCGGUGUUCAGGCACGGGGAACGGACGCCGGCCGACGCUUACCCCGCGGACCCCAACGCCAACUCGUCGUGGCAACCGUUCGGUUGGGGCCAGCUCACCAAUGUUGGUAAGCGAAAUCAAUAUGAGUUGGGGAAGUUCAUCAGAAAGCGUUAUUCCGGAUUUCUGGACGUCUUGUACUCGCCGAACAAGGUCACCUUCAGAACCACGGACGUGGACAGGACCAAAAUGAGUGCGCAACUGGUUGCCGCUGCCAUUUAUAAGCCAGUCGGAGCGCAACAGUGGAAUAGGCAUUUGGAUUGGCAACCUGUGCCGAUACAUUAUGAGCCGUUGGACGACGACCGAUUGUUGUUAGUGCGAAUAAAUUGUCCCAGGUAUUACGAAGAACGGCAAAGAGUAAUGAAUUCCACCGAAAUUCUCGAACAGCUCAAUGGUUACAGUGAUCUGUACAACUAUUUGUCCGUCCACACAGGGUUGACCGUCCAAGACCCCGACGACGUCCAAUCGAUAUACAGUACUUUAAAAGCUGAGUCCGACUAUGGCGUUGUACUUCCUAGUUGGACGUCUAAAGUGUAUCCGACGCAAAUGGCUGAAGUCACUGCCGCGAGUUUCGUGCUAAACGCGUAUACCGAGGAAAUGAAGAAGCUCAAAGGAGGCCCGUUACUGAAAAAAAUAUUGGCCGACAGCAAGGACAAAAUGACCAAGCAGUCCACGCAUCAGUUGUACGCGUACGCGGGUCACGAUUCGACUCUGGCGAAUGUUUUAUCCGCGCUGGGAGUGUGGGAUCCGCAGAUCCCCACGUACAACAUGUUAGCGUUGCUGGAGUUGCACGAAUCGAACGAAGGGUUGUACUACUUUAAGGUGUUUCUGCGCAACGGAUCAUCAACCGAACCUUACCGCUUACAGAUACCUAAGUGCAAAGAAAACACAUGUACUCUUGAACACAUAUCGAAAUUGACUGCAAACGUUAUACCAUUGGAUCUGAGCGAAGAAUGUAAGACUGAUAAUCCAACAUUUUCCGGUUUAAAAGUAAAUACUCGAGGACCAUAACCUAUCAUAACCUAUAUUUAUAAUGAGUAUCAAACGAUUGAGUUAUUCUAAUGUCGUUUUACUAUCAAAUGUACUUAAUUGGGAUUAUAUUAAUUUUAAAUUUAUAACUAUGUGAUAAAUUUAAUUCUGUUUGUA